AUGGAGGAGGGGGAGGUCGUGCCGUCGAGCGUUCCCUCUGUCGAGAGCUCCCACGAUGGCAUCACGGCCGAUGGCUUUAGGUCACCGUCCAACACAUUGACGGAGCCCGUCUGGCACAUCGUUCAAUGGGAGCUGUUGUGGAUCGUGAGCAAUCUAUCACGGCUCAUGGUCAUCUUUUCGAACCCCUUUCGAGAGGAUUCGGUCUUCGGCGUGUUCCUGACCCGUCUCGAGUUUGAGGACGUCGCUUGGGCGGCUCCAGUUGGAAAUUUGCCGCCGGACUUGACCGGCACGCUACGAUUGAACUCAUAUCCGCCGUGCCCGGAGCCGGACAAGGCCAUGGGCAUGGUAGCCCACACCGACUCAAGCCUGUUCACGAUCCUGCACCAGAGCAGCACCACCGGGCUCCAGGUGCUGCGGGACGAGGACCCGAGUAGUCCGGCCCGGUGGGUGACGGCGCCGCUGCUGCCGGAGUCUUUGAUCGUGCUUGUGGGAGAUUUGCUCCACAUACUAUCCAAUGGCCAGCUCAAGACCGCCGUCCACCGGGUGGUCGUCGACCGGAUCCAGCGCCGUGCGUCGGCGGCGUAUUUCAGCGGGCCUCCGGGUAACGUGAAGGUGUUGCCCGUUGAACAAUUGGUGGGCCCCGGGCGGGCCCCUGCGUAUCGGGGUGUUACGUGGGCGGACUACUCAUCAGGAUGA